AUGGCCGAGUCCAUCAGAGAGCCGACCAGCCAGUCCAUCGCCUCGGACCCCGUUGAAGUCGGUGUUCCCCAGUCUCUCGCCAGGGCUGUCCUGUCUCGCCGCUCCGAAUACCUUCGUCCGAGCCAGAUCCGAGUCAAAGUGGGCACUUGGAAUGUAGCGGCAUGCACCGGCACCGACAAGGAUCUUGCUAGCUGGUUCACUGAAGAUGCUGAAGUUGGCAAUGGCCUCUCGGCCCUCGACAUCUCCGGUGCUGCACCAACCUCCGAGCCAAGACGAGUAGGGGACAACGUCGGAUUUGAUCUCUAUGUGCUGGGAUUGCAAGAAGUGGUGGAUCUCAACCAGACAAGAGAGUACAUGAAUCGGAUCUACGCCGAUAAUGGGCCCAUGGAGAAGUGGACGGCAGCGCUAGAGGCAGCAAUACCCCAAGGAUAUCAGCUUGUUGUGUCUGAGCAGAUGACGGGUCUGUUGCUCUUGAUUUACGCCUCUCCCACGAUCGCCCCUUCAAUAAGCAAUGUUUCUACGCAGCAGGUCGGAACAGGACUGCUCGGAUACUUUGGAAACAAAGGCGCCGUGGCCACUCGCCUUGUACUGGGCGAAACUACAAAGCUCCUCUUCGUCAAUUGCCAUCUCGCUAGUGGCGCAGACUCGGCUUCUCUCAACAGACGGUGCUGGGAUGUUGGGCAGAUUGUGUCGAAAACCCAGUUCGAUCCAAUCGUGAUUUCAGGCGUGUCUGAUGAUGAUGGCGACAGGAUUGGAGAUGAGGACUUCGCAUUUUGGUUUGGAGACAUGAACUUCCGCCUCGAUGGCCUACCGGGAGAUGACAUUCGAAGGCUCCUCACAUUACAUGCCCGAGGAGAGUACGAUUUGAGCAACGAUAAGCCUCCCCCUAUCGAGGGCGGCGAUGGCAUCAUAGUCAUGAGGUCAUCAGAAAGCGACGACGAGACGACUACAAUGUCGUCAAUGCAUUCAAGAGACCAUAGCUUUGACCAAAGCUUUGACUCGGAAAGCUCCCUGCCAGAUCUGCCAGAUCCAGACGAUUUCCCUGAGGACCCCAGCCAGGAUCCGGCUUCUCUACAGGCAACCAUCGACUCGCUUCUACCGCAUGACCAACUGAGGCGAGUGAUUAAGCAACAUAAACUGUUCCACGACGGCUGGAGAGAAGGUUCUAUUUCAUUCCUACCAACUUUCAAGUACGAUGUCGGUACUUUUGGCUUAUUUGAUACGAGCGAGAAGCAGAGGGCGCCUAGCUGGUGCGAUCGGGUCCUCUACAGGACACGCAAGGACAAGGAGGCGUACGAGAAGAUAGUAGAGGAGUUGAAAGAGGCCAAACAAAAGGACGACGAGAUGAGGGCGAGAGGGAUCGAGGAAGAUGACGAUGUUCUCUUUAGCUAUGAUCCCGACACCGAUGGAGAGGAACAGCCGCCAAAGGCAGCAUCCAGUGAGGCAUACGAUGAAUAUGAAGAGUAUGAUAUAAACGACACUGGAGCGGAAGCAGACGAUGGCGAUCAAGAUCAAAUCUCUCUCGAACUCUACACCUCGCAUCAGCGGAUCACGUCUUCGGAUCAUAAGCCAGUCACAUCUAUAUUUACUCUACGUUAUGACGCCGUUGAUCCAGAAAAGAAGGCUAAAAUCCACUCGGAAAUUGCUUUCGAGCUGGAUCGAGCCGAAAAUGAGGGCAGGCCUGGCGUUACUCUUAUCGUAGAAGGCGGCCACGGCCAUACGGAUGGUGUCGUUGAUUUUGGCUAUGUCGGCUUCUUUGAGACGCACUCGUGCUCGAUAACCAUUGCCAACACUAGUAGUGCAGCUGCUAGCUUUGAGUUCCUUCACGAGACACAGACGAGCGAAGAUGAUAUGGGCUCUUCACAAUGGUUAACGACGUCUUUCCACCGGCCUGAUGAGGAUGGCAGUAAGAGCAAGCUUGGGUCAUCAGUGACGCUCGAACCGGGCGAGACGAUACUGGCUAUAGUCGAGGCGCGCGUCUGCGAGAUUCCACAUGUUCGCGCGCUCAACGAUGCCAGUUGCAAGUUGGAUGGGGUUUUGGUACUACGUGUCGAGGGUGGCAAGGACCAUUUUGUUCCCGUACACGGGACCUGGCUCCCCAGCUGUUUCGGCCGGUCGAUUGACGAGCUGAUUCGAGUACCGGAAUACGGAAUCCGAAAAUUUGUCAAGGAAAAGGGCAUUCAAGGGACCAUUACCUACGACUGGGAUGUGCAUUGCUCCGCACCACGAGAACUCUUUAAGCUUACAGAGGCCAUUCAGACCGCAGCUGAGCGAUGUAUAGCCGACGAGGCGAUGCUGGAGGACUUGACUGUGCCGCGAGAUCCCGGCUGGCCAUUGGAUGCGUCGACAUGGACUGUGGAAGCCGCAAAACUAGACGAACUAAAGGCAGCCCUCAUCUCCGCACUGGACACGAAUUCGCCCCUGGCGGAUGCUCUACCAGUGGAACUCUUGUCAACGCAAAAGUUGGAGGUUUACUCAUCCAUCUUGCUGUUGUUCCUCGAAUCCCUCAUGGACGGGCUCAUUCCACCGCAUCUCUGGGCUAAGCUCUCAAUCGAAUUGCCCAACCUGACUACAUUGCCGGUAGCAUCGUGGCCGGAUGUGAAGAACCACAUCCUCGACUUGCUCUCAAUGUCUCCGAGUCAUAACAUUGCAUUCGUCUUUUUGACGGCUACACUCUCCCGCGUGGUCGGCGAGCUCAACCCCGCAACUCAGCCGUCGCCGGCACUCGGUGCAUUGACUCGGCGGCUAAGUUUCCGCCCUGGAGAGACGGAGGCCGCUAGGAAGAGGAGGGUGAGGGAGAGGAGAUAUGCGGAGAUUGUGAGCCCGCUGCUGUUCCGGACGAGUGAUGACAAGGAUAAGACGAAAAAGGACCGGGAGCGGGUCGUCUUGGAAAUGUUUUUGAAGAAGGAUGAUCGGAGCUAG